AUGUCACCCACCCAGUGUCACCCCUCGCCACCAGUGUCAUCCCUCACCCAGUGUCACCCUCGCCGCCAGUGUCACCCCUCGCCGCCCAGUGUCACCCCUCGCCACCAGUGUCACCCCUCGCCACCAGUGUCAUCCCUCGCCACCCAGUGUCACCCCUCGCCGCCCAGUGUCACCCCUCGCCACCCAGUGUCAUCCCCUCGCCGCCAGUGUCACCCCUCACCACCAGUGUCACCACACGCCACCCAGUGUCACCCCUCACAGCCAGUGUCACCCUCGCCACCCAGUCGCCACCCAGUGUCACCCUCGCCACCCAGUCUCGCCACCAGUGCCACCCCUCGCCGCCCAGUGUCACCCCUCGCCGCCCAGUGUCACCCUCGCCGCCCAGUGUCACCCCUCGCCGCCCAGUGUCACCCCUCGCCGCCCAGUGUCAUCCCCUCGCCCAGUGUCACCCUCGCGAUCCAGUGUCACCCCUCGCCGUCCAGUGUCACCCUCGCCACCCAGUGUAACCCCUCGCCACAGUGUAACCCCUCGCCACCCAGUGUCACCCCUCGCACCCAGUGUCAUCCAUCGCCACCCAGUGUCACCCUCGCCACCCAGUGUCACCCCUCGCCACCCAGUGUCAUCCCUCGCCGCAGCAUCAUCCUCGCCGCCGUGUCAUCCCUCGCCACCCCGGAUCAUCCCUGGCCACAGUGUCACCCCUCGCCGUCCAGUGUCACCCUCGCCACCCAGUGUCACCCUCCCCACCCAGUGUCACCCCUCGCCACCAGUGUCACCCUCGCCACCAGUGUCACCCCUCGCCACCCAGUGUCCCCCUCCGCCACCCAGUGUCGCCCCUCAGUGUCACCCCUCGCCACCAGUGUCACUCGCCACCCAGUGUCACCCCUCGCCACCCAGUGUCACCCUCUCGCCACCAGUGUCACCCCUCGCCGCCCAGUGUGCCCCUCGCCGCCCAGUGUCACCCCUCGCCGCCCAGUGUCACCCCUCGCCGUCCAGUGUCACCCUCGCCCAGUGUCACCCCUCGCCGCAGUGUCACCCUCGCCACCCAGUGUCACCCCUCGCCACCAGUGUCACCUCUCCACCCAGUGUCACCCCUCGCCACCCAGCAUCCCCUCGCCGCCCAAGUCACCCGUCGCCGCCCAGUGUCACCCCUCGCCACCGGUGUGCCCUCGCCACCCAGUGUCACCCUCUCCGCCCAGUGUCACCUCGCCGUCCAGUGUCACCCCUCGGCACCAGUGUCACUCCUCGCCGCCCAGUGUCACCCCUCGUGGUCAGUGUCAUCGCCGCCAGUGUCACCCCUCGCCGCCCAGUGUCACCCCUCUCCGCCAAGUGUCACCCCCUCGCCGCCCAGUGUCACCCCUCGCACCCAGUGUCACCCCUCUCCGCCAAGUGUCACUCCCUCGCCGUGAUGUCACCCCUCGCCACCAGUGUCACCCCUCGCCACCCAGCAUCAUCCUCGCCGUCCAGUGUCACCCCUCGGCACCCAGUGUCACCCCUCGCCGCAGUGUCACCCUCGCCGCAACAUCAUCCCUGCCGCCCAGUGUCACCCCACCCAGCAUCAUCCUCGCCGCCCAGUGUCACCCCUCGCCGUCCAGUGUCACCCCUCAUAGCAGUUCACCCCUCGCCUGCUCAUCCUGCGCAGUGUCACCCCUCGCCGUCCAGUGUCACCCCUCGGCACCAGUGUCACCCUCGCCGCCCAGUGUCACCCCUCGCCACCAGCAUCAUCCUCGCCGCCCAGUGUCACCUCGCCGUCCAGUGCCACCUCGCCGUCCAGUGUCACUCUCGCCACCCAGCAUCAUCCUCGCCGCCCAGUGUCACCCCUCCACCAGCAUCAUCCCUCGCGCCAGUGUCACCCCUCGCCGCCCAGUGUCACCCCUCGCCGCCCAGUGUCACCCUCGCCGCCCAGUGUCACCCCCCCUCGCCGCCCAGUGUCACCUCUCGCCGGUGUCACCCCUCGCCACCAGUGUCACCCUCGCCACCCAGCAUCAUCCCUCGCCACCCAGUGUCACCCUCGCCGCCCAGUGUCACCCCUCGCCACCCAGUGUCACCUCGCCGCCCAGUGUCACCCCCUCUUCGCCCAGUGUCACCCCUCUCCGCCCAGUGUCACCCCUCGCCACCCAGUGA